UAAGGGUCACGCGCCUGUUUGUGGUUCUUAUCACGGAGAGAUAAGAACACGAGAGCAAAAUAAUUAUUUACAUACAUGAGUUAUUUUUGAUGUGCCAGUGACAAGUGCAUUUCGCGAAAGUGAAAUCGAAUGAGGUUAUGUGUUAGUAGUGUCAAAGUGUAACCACAUUGCGGCGGAUAGUGGAUUGCGAGGAGAAGUAAGAACGUCCGCAUACACGUGUGUGAAGUGUUGUGAUGAGAGGUGUUUUACUAUGUCUUCUGAAAAUGUGAGCGAGCUACCGAGCGAUGAAAUUGAAGGACCCAUCAGAAGCAUUUUCAUGUGUGAAUUUCAUCCGACAGCCGGGCCCAAAAUAACAUGCCAGAUUCCAGAGAAUUACGUAACAAAAGAAGUCUUCGACUCUGUGAGUGUUUAUAUGAUACCAAAGGCCCAAUUGCAGAAAUGCUCAUUGACUGUAACGUUGGACGGAUAUAAAAUACUGGGCUAUCCUAUGCGCAUAGAAAACAAGAAAUACAUGAGGAAUGCAUUUUUAUUUAAUAUAUGCCUGGUUUUUAUAGAAGAUGCACACACCGUUCGUUAUGAACCUCUUCUUAAGAAAUUAUCGGAGUAUUUGUUAGCCCGUGAAGUCGAUUUUGGUUUCUUAUCUCAGCCCUCAUCCCGAGAAGGCGAUGAUAAAUCGGUCCAAUUUAAAUCACCGUGUGUUAGGUUCAAAUCAGAUCUAACUAUUCAAAGUGUACACGUUCAAACGAACUAUGAGAGGCUUGUAUCUAUUAUGGAUCAAGUGAAAAGAGAUAUUAAUGCUGAAAACAUGUGCAUUAUAACAGAUGGUCCUAUAUCUCUCCAUUUGACUGUGGUUGAUGAAAUGCGGGAUCCUGCACCAGUAUUGGAUCAUCAUGUACCAGUUCUGACAGGUUUAGAAGAAGCUUUCAACCAAGAACAAUGGGAUCUCACAACUCACCAAAUUUUACCUCAUAUAGAUGGUUAUACACAUGUAUUAAAGAUUGCUUGCAAAGCAGAAGUUCAUCCGGAUCUAGUCAAAGAUUGUAUACAAAACUUGGUAUGCUACAAAGUAGUGAUGAUUAUACCUCUAUUCCAAUAUUGCAGUGUAUACACACCAACUCGAAAAUUACAAAAAUUAGCUUCUGAUAGAGAACUCCAAAUCAAAUGCAUAGAGUUUUGUUCAAAAUCUGCUCGGCAGCCAGCGACUGUUUCAGAUCUAUAUAGAACUUAUGCAGCUAUGGGUCAUGGAGUUUCCUUAAGAGAUCUUUUCUCUCGAAUGAGUCCUAAUGCCAUGAGAAUAUGUGAAAGAAGUCUAGUCAGAUUCGGGGUAGUGCAAGGUUUAAUACGAAAAAUCGACAAGUAUCCCAUUACGAUUCAGUCUAAAGGUAAGCCAACUUAUACGGGUCAUUACACAAUGGAAGAAAUUUGCUGUCGUUCUUGCAUAAAUAAUAGUCAACUUGAAGCAGAAUUGGAAGCUGAUCAAGAAACUUUAGUUAUUUGUAGGUAACCAAUAAAUUAUGAUGAAUCCAUUUGAUUUGAAUUUUUAUAAUCUCACGUUUGUUUUAUAAAUUUAAUUUUGCCAGAUAAGUAUGUGCAUGAUAUAAAUUCUUAUUAUUAAUGCAAUUAAAAAUUGUCAGAGUUUAUAUAAAUGACUGGAAAAUUCUGUUUUAAAAUCUAUUUAGAUUACAAUCUAUAG